AACGGAAUAAGCCGUAUGUGUCACGUUAAUUCACGAGUAGUAAUUUAUAAAUUUUUAUACACAUUUUGAUUGUGAUCUUAAUAUUGAUAGUAAAAAGCUGCUGUAAUAUCUGUGAGCAGAAACUGAAAGUAUUAUGUUUAUAGAAAGAGUCGUGCACAAUGUUUGCGAUAAAAUUGUUAAAUCUAAACUGUUACAAUGUAGCGUACGACUGAAACACACCAAAGACCUCAAUGAACACCGUGCCAAAGUAAUGGGUCGGGGUUUACCAGAGAGGAAACCUUUGCCUGGAGUUAAAAGCAUCAUUCUUGUUGCGUCUGGUAAAGGAGGCGUCGGGAAGACUACUACGGCUGUGAAUCUCGCAUGUGCCAUGAAGGUCAUAGAACCGGACAAAGAAAUAGGCCUCCUAGAUGCUGAUGUGUUCGGUCCAUCUGUUCCAUUGAUGAUGAAUAUCAGUGGGGAACCAAUGCUCAAUGAUGACAACCUUAUUGAGCCUCUUCUAAAUUAUGGUGUAAAGUGUAUGUCAAUGGGACUACUGGUGUCAGGUGAGAAUGCAGUAGUGUGGCGUGGACUCAUGGUUAUGCAGGCUCUGGAUCGUCUGACGAGACAUGUUGCCUGGGGGCCGCUCGACUGCCUUGUUGUCGACACACCACCAGGCACUGGUGAUACUCAUUUAUCUCUUGCACAAAAUCUGCCCAUUGAUGGUGCGUUAGUUGUGACUACUCCACAAUCGGCAGCGUUACAAGUAACAAAACGAGGCGUCAACAUGUUCGAAAAAUUGAAAGUCCCCAUAAUCGGUAUGGUCGAGAACAUGUCUCACGCCAUAUGCACGUCGUGCGGCACCAAAAACUACGUGUUCGGAAACACCACCAAAGAUAACGCUCGGCAAAUGGGUUUAAAUAUCAUAGAAAGUUUUGAAGUAGAUCAAAAUAUGUCAGACUGCAUCAACAGCGGCAAGCCAGCGAUAUAUGCUCUUCCGGACAGUAUACAUGCUGAGAAAUAUAGACAUCUAGCAAAUAAAGUGUUUAAAUACAUAGACGAUAAGGACAAAGAACAAAUCAAGGCAACCGAACAAUAGUCACAAAAAAUUAAAUAAGUAGUUGUUGAAAUUUGUUUAGUUUAUCGAUUUAUUGUUAAUAAACUUUUUGUAAAAAAAAAAACAUUCUUUUUCCUUUUAUAUUUCAAAUUACAGCUAUCAAAAAAUAGACAAUAGUUUUAUGUAAAAUUUAUUUCAGAACAAAUUGGUAUGCUUAGGAAUCCAACAUCUAUGGCCAAAUUAAAAAUAAAUAAAAAAAUACUAUAAAAAUAUUCUUGUCUUUUAUAUAGUUCAUUUUUAUAGACUGAUAAACAUGCAUGUAAAACGAAGGACAGUUUUGUAAAAACACGUAGACACAGACGCCCAGCGUUUUGUCAUUUUGUUAUAUGUAUCUAAACAAUUUAAUAAUUCAUUCAGACCUCUCCAUAUACAGUAUCUCAUUUAAGAAGUACAAAAUACAUACAUAUUUACAUCACAAUGUGUAGAAAUGGAUUCGGAAUGAAAUUGUUUACAACACCAUAUAUAAUGUAUAGUCAUCGCUUGUCACGACUAAGUCCAGGAGCAAUCACUUACAAACAAACAUACAUAACAAUCAAGUCGAAAAUAUCACUCCAAUGUAGGUCGGAAGAUCGCAUAAAGGUAUACACGCUAACACAUUGUAUUCUGCGUCUAUACCUUCAUUUAGCGUCACAUCAUGUUCCAACUACGAAACCUGUUACACCGGUACAGUCAAUUAUUCAUCAAUCACAAUCAUCAUACUAUUGAGGACACCCUCAAGUGUCCAUGUUGUAAUUUUAACAUAAAAUAAUAUACAAAGCGCCAGAAUUCACAAUUACUCUAUCAUGAAAAUCAGGAUAAUCCUAUUGAGAAAACAGACAGGUUCACCAAGUAUUAUUAUCUAGAUAAAGUACAAAACAUCAUUCAAUUCAUUGAAAAAUAGUAAGAAAAUUUCUAGCUCCAAUAUUAUCGAAACAAUAUCCGUGAAACAAACGAUUUCUAUUAGACUAAAAAACUGGUAUAGCAAUUAAGAAAAUGCACACGGCGAAAUCUGAUCGCAAACAACCACUAAAGUCAUAAAUAUUAUCCAAAGGAAGAUUCAAUUAAUGGUAGUACACAUGAAAAUCAGUGAUUGUAAUUCUGUCGCUCGACUAGUUCGUCCCGUUAACGGGACACGUGUCUCGAUACAAAUGUCUUGUGGCACCACAUUAUAACGUGAGGGUACAGUCUGUGAUCGGUGCACACUCGCGACGUUCUCUACCAGCGCUUCUUGUGCUCGUCCAUGCUGACCCCGCCGGGGCCCAGGUACACUAUCUCGUCUUUGAUUGGGUACGUGUUACGUUACCUGGAAGAAAUCGUAUUUGAGGAAAUCCCUCAGGGGCUUGUAGGAGGGCACGGCCCACCACGCGUUGUGGUACAGGUUCAGCACCGACAGCACCAGCACGAGCAGCAGCGCCGACAGCUUCGUGCGGUACCCCACCGUCACCAGAACCAUCAGGAUGCUGCCCAAGAUGUCUUGCACGAUCUAUGCCAAUGAAUACAAUUAGAACCAUGAAAUACGUAAUAUGAGGGUGGU